CCACAAAGAAAAUCCCGGAGGCAGAAAAAGGCCAGGGGGUUUUUACACUCGUCGCAGCUUCUAGUUGAAAAUAUGCAGUCGAUGCGAAGAAGGGUUUUCCAAGCUCUUCUCGCUCGAUCACCGUCUUCUCCUUCUCAUCCUCCUCCUUCAAUCUCAGCCAAUGAGGCUCUGCCACGUGGAACCCUGGCCUCCCCCUGGAUCGCCGUCCAAACUCGCGGGUGCAAGGUUCACGGCUCAGAUGUGAGACCAGGGAAUGUUAUAGAACGAAAUGGACGUUUAUACCAGGUGCUGAAAGCCCAGCACACUCAACAGGGAAGGGGAGGGGCCACCAUUCAGGCGGAACUUAGGGAUGUUGACACUGGUAACAAAACAAAUUCAAGAUUUCGGACCGACGAAUCUAUUGAGAAAGUUUUUGUUGAACAAAAGUCUUUCUCAUUUCUUUAUCAAGAUGGUGACAAUGUUGUGUUAAUGGAGCCUAAUACAUUUGAGCAAGUUGAAGUGUCAAGGGAAUUAUUUGGGAACGCUGCUGUCUACCUGAAAGAGGACGUACCAGUGAUGUUACACAUGUAUGAUGAAAGAGUAAUGUCUGCAACAAUUCCCCCGAAGGUGACAUGCACUGUUGCUGAUGCACAGACCACAGCCAAGGGGCUAACAGCCACACCUCAGUACAAGAAGGUUGUACUGGAAAAUGGACUCACUGUUUCAGCACCCCAAUUCAUUAAACCCGGUGAUCAGAUCGUCGUCAAUACUAUGGAUGACUCUUAUGUCACUAGGGCGAAGUAGGAUUCCUCAGGAUCAUCUUGUAGAAUGCUUCUUCUUCGUCUUCAGUUGCAGCGGAUUAAUUUAAAAGCCAGUUGUACAAAUAAACGCGGCGCUCGACAGGAACGAAAGCAGAGCUGUGUGGGUCCAUUUGAUAUGUUCUUGAUGAGAAUGAAUGUUCCAUGCUUAUGUAAUUUUUACUUUCAAUCCUCAAGCUUUGGCUGUUAGAUUUGCUUCGUCAUCCUCCGGUCUGAAGGCGUGCGAACUUGAUCGAGCCAACGAGAUCAAUGAGAUGGACCGUGGGAGCAAAAUGUAUGUUUCAAGAUUGGAAAAUUCCGUCGUGUGCUUCGAGUUCAUGAACAAAAUUUAUGGCAGAAUCAGAAGCACAAGCAUGAUUGGGUUUUGAUUGACCAUCUUUUCUCAGUUCUCGCACAAACUGUCACCGUACCUUUAUACGUGCUCUACCUUUUAAUUUUGCAAGGGGGCAAUACGUACGGACCGAUGUAUUCCAUUAUUGUCUUUGUCGGCAAAAGUACAAAAUUGGUAUUUUUAUUCGUCCCUCUUUGUCAGUUUGGUAUAUUUAAAAAACCCGGCGACAACAAGGUAUUUUGUUA